AAAUAUCAAUCUUCAAUUUCACACGUUGCAUUUCUCACACUUUUUCCCUCUAACACGCUCUGUUUGGAUUUCAAAGUUUCAGUUUUCUCUUCGUCUGGUACUAGUUAGUAAUGGAGACUGCUAAGGAGAAGAAAGGUGCCGGAGGAAGAAGAGGAGGAGACAGGAAGAAGGCCGUUUCGAAGUCGAUUCGAGCGGGGCUCCAAUUCCCGGUCGGACGAAUUGCUCGCUUUCUCAAAAAAGGUCGCUAUGCUCAGAGAUUUGGGGCCGGAAGCCCGAUUUAUCUAGCUGCUGUUCUCGAGUAUCUUGCUGCUGAGGUGCUUGAGUUGGCUGGUAAUGCAGCACGAGACAACAAGAAGAACAGAAUUAACCCUAGGCAUUUGCUUUUAGCAGUUAGAAACGAUGAGGAAUUGGGGAAAUUGCUGCAAGGUGUGACCAUUGCUAGUGGUGGUGUGCUACCAAACAUCAAUCCAGUUCUUUUGCCCAAGAAAUCUGCUGCCACUGAUAAAGCUUCCGAUUCCAAAUCCCCCAAGUCUACCAAAAGCUCUUAAAAAUGAGUCCUAUUAGUUAUGUAUUAGUUCCAACAACGGAAUGUAGGAUCUAGGAGAUAGUUCUUUUGUGAAUUUGACUAUCCUUGUAGCUAACGACAAAUUCUAUAAUGGAAAUUUCAUAGUUUUCUA